UUGGACACUGGGCUUCAUGAGAAAGAUGUUCAGUCGACUUUUGAACAUUCUGAUCGGCGCUGCUCUUUUCGGGCAGAUCGGCGCUUUAUGGUUCGCUCCUCCAGACCCGGAUGAAAUUGAUGUUCGGUGUCCCACGUUCCGCAGCUGCAACACAGAUUAUUUCAAAGAUCACAGAGAGGAUCCAAAUAAGCUUGUGGCAUGCGCGGCACAAGAGACACAUAUGUCAUGUGUUUACAACCAAGGGGUAAUAUGCGAUCUAUUCGACUUUGAGGACUAUCUGCGCCGGUACGAAAACAAGCAAGAGAAGUGUUUUGCCCAUUGCGUGGAUGGUUAUUCCGAGAUAUGUGGUAGGGAGCCGAAACUUACCACAACAACCACCACCACAACUACCACCACUACUACAACCACUAUAACCACUACCACCACUACCACCACUACCACCACCCCUACAGCUACUGGAGACAUCGUGGGUGGAUCUGACAGCAUCACUCAGACGGAGCCAGACAACACUGGGUCGCCUGGAGCUGGUGAUGCGCUGAGGGGAGACAACUCUACUUUGUCGGACAACAGUCAGGAUGAGGAUGGGGAUUCGGGCUUCAACCUAAUGGAUUUGUUUGACAACAACGGGAGUGACAGCAUGGCGGCGUCUCUGGUAGUCACGAUGUUUCUUCUUGUUUCACAUCUCGUCCCAACCAUUAUGUAAACAAGGCAUAAGCACUGAUUGUGUCAUGUAAGCAUACAUUACAUCACGUAAGCACAUAUUACAUCAUGUGAGUACUGGUGACAUCGUUUAAGUACUGAUACUAUCCUACAAGCAAUGGAAAUGUGUAAUUUAUGUUUUAUUAUGACGUAAUCAUACCAAUACAGAUACAUAAUAACGAAGCAGUCUAUUUCUACUGGGGUGACGGGGUAGCCUAGUUGUUAAAGCGUUCUCUCGUCACGCCAAAAACCCGGGUUCGAUUCCCAACAUGGGUACAAUGUGUGAAGCUCAUUUCUGGUGUCCCCGCCGUGAUAUUGCUCGAAUAUUGCUAAAAGCGGCGUAAAACCAUACUCACUCACUCACUCUGUUUCUGCUCUGUUUCAACACCAUGAGUGUUUAAGACUCGUCUUCCAGCAUCUGUUCGAUAAUUGAAGUGAUAGCUCUCAUACUGGGGCAUGGGGUUGGUUACACGUCUGAAAACUGCUAGCAUAUAAAAUUACUAACCCGAGGGUAUGUGAUACAAUCAUUAACACAUUAAGUUAAAUGCAUGAUUACAAUGAAUCUGUAAACAUUGAAAAUAAACAAAGGAAGCCUGUCCCCUCACUGCACUGCA